CACACAUGUCAAAAAGUAAAAUAUCUAUGACGAAGUCUUUUGAUGAAAUAAUUUUCUGCUGUGCAAUCGUUUUCAGCAUUUGUGCACGUCUGUCUCGAUCGAGUCAAACGACGAGGUUAUGUGAUAGCCGAGUGGGAAUUGUAUAGAAAUUAUUUUUAUUUUGAAGUAACUUAAAGACAAGAUGACAACGAGCGAAGGAAUAGAGAAAGGAAUGAACGUGCGAAAUGUCUUCGCUACUUCACUUAUUGCAGGAGGUACUGCAGGCACAUUCGUAGACAUUGCAUUGUUUCCACUGGAUACAUUGAAAACACGACUACAAAGUGCACAGGGAUUUUUAAAGACUGGAGGCUUCACAGGUCUUUAUAAAGGCAUUGGUCCAGUCAUAGUUGGUUCAGCACCAACAGCCGCACUAUUUUUUCUAACAUAUGAAGAAAUUAAGACUAUAUUAAAACCUAGAAUUUCUAUGGAUUAUUAUACUCCACUUCACAUGGGAGCAGCCGCGAUAUCAGAAAUCGUAGCAUGUUUAUUACGAGUUCCAGUGGAAGUUAUAAAACAGAGGAGACAGGCACAAGUACAUGAUAAAAAAUCAUUUGAUUUCAAAUUACUAUAUCGUGGAUAUUGGAGUACGGUAUUACGAGACAUGCCAUUUAGUAUUGUGCAGUUUCCAUUAUGGGAAUAUUUCAAAAAAUCCUACAGCUUCUAUAUCGAAAGAGAAAUAUAUCCUGUGGAAAGUGCAAUUUGUGGUGCAAUUGCAGGUGGCAUCUCUGCAGCUGUUACCACUCCAUUAGAUGUUGUAAAAACGAGAAUAAUGCUCUCAAAUAGAAUGUUACUUUCGUCAGAAUUAAAGAUACUAAAUAUACUUCAUGGAGUAUAUGUAAAGAAUGGUUUUCAUGGAUUAUUUGCUGGUUUUGGACCAAGAGUAAUGUGGAUCACAUUAGGAGGCUUUAUUUUCUUUGGAGUUUACGAAGAAGCAAAAGUACUUACACAUAUAAUAUUUCCAAUGCUGAAAUAA